AACCAAAAAAAAAAAAAAAACCUUAGGCAGGAAAAGCUAUAGCGACCAUUUUUUCUCUAAAAGGGUCUUCUUCGGUUAUCUUCCUCAGAUCUCCCAUUUCUCUACCUCUCUCCUUUUCACGGAUCCUCUGUUUUUGCUUCGGACAAAAUGGGCGUUGAGGUUGUAAACUCUGGUGGAUUUGAGGUUGUUCCAGCUCCUUUUGAAGGAAAACCCGAGACGAACGGGAAGGUGGCCCAAGGGAAAGGAGAUAAAGCCUCCAUCAAGUUCGGUUCACUCGGCGGCGAGCCGCCCAAGAAAGGCGAAGAUAAUAACAAUGUGUUGAUCUCCGAUGUGCCUAAAGAUGCAGCAGAAGAGUGGCCUGCGGCGAAGCAGAUCCAUUCUUUCUACUUUGUUAAAUACCGUCAUUACGAUGACCCGAAAACGAAGGCCAAGCUUGACGUAGCUGAUAAAGAGCUUGAGAAGUUGAACAAGGCUCGGGGUGCGGUUUUGGACAAGUUGAAAGAAAAGAGGACGGAGAGAUCAAAGUUGUUCGAUUUGCUGGACCCGUUGAAGUCAGAGCGUCAAGGAUUCAACACGAUGUUUGAUGAGAAAAGAAAGGAAAUGGAACCAUUGCAGCAAGCACUGGGAAAGCUAAGGGGCAAUGAUGGUGGGAGUGCUCGUGGGCCUGCUAUCUGUUCGUCUGAGGAAGAGCUGAAUAAUAUGAUAUACAGCUUACAAUAUCGGAUUCAACACGAAAGCAUUCCGUUAACCGAGGAGAAGCAGCUUCUCAAAGAGAUCAGGCUGCUUGAAGGUACAAGAGACAAGGUCAUUGCUCAUGAGGCUGUGAGAGCCAAAAUCAAAGAAUCUAUGGGUCAGAAAGAUGAUAUCCAAGGUCAAGUUAAGUUAAUGGGUGCUGGUUUGGACGGUGUGAAGAAGGAGAGGCAAGCAAUUUCAGCAAGGAUUAAUCAGCUGAGUGAGAAGUUGAAAGCAACGAAAGAUGAGAUUCAGGUACUGGAGAAUGAGCUGAAGACUGUGAGCGAGAAGAGGGACAAAGCUUAUUCAAACAUCCAUGAGCUCAGGAAGCAACGCGAUGAGACGAAUUCUGGGUUUUACCAAGGCCGUACUGUGUUGAACAAAGCUAGAGAGUUGGCUGCACAAAAGAACAUAAACGAGCUUGAAGCUCUCUCCAAAGCGGAGGUUGAGAAAUUCGUUUCCCUCUUCUGCAGUAAGAAGAACUUCAGAGAAGAUUACGAGAAGAGAAUCUUGGCAUCACUUGAUUCUAGGCAGCUGAGCCGAGAUGGACGGAUGAGGAACCCCGAAGAGAAGCCUCUGCUUGCUCCUGAGGCACCACCAUCAAAGGCAGCGCCUUCUGAAACCGAGGUUGUCCCGAAAGCUAAGGCAAAGCAGCAGCCAAAGGAGGAACCAGUUUCUGCACCUAAACCAGAUGGUAGUGUUGCUCAGAAGACUGAGAAAGUUAAAGAUGCAGUGAAAGUAAAGAAUGUUGUGGUUGAUGAUGAUGGUGAUGAUGAAGUAUAUGGUCUUGGAAAGCCGCAGAAAGAAGAGGAAGAAAAGUUAGAUGAAGCUACGGUGAAAGAGAUGAGAAAGCAAGAGGAGAUUGCUAAAGCUAAGCAAGCUAUGGAAAGGAAAAAGAAGCAGGCAGAGAAAGCUGCUGCUAAAGCUGCUAUAAGAGCACAAAAGGAAGCUGAGAAGAAAGAGAAAAAGGAGCGAGAGAAGAAGGCCAAGAAGAAGACCGGGGGCAACACAGAAGCCGAGGCUGAUGCUGAGGAAGUUCCAGAAGCUUCUGAGGCUGAGAAGGAAGAGAUUGAAGCUCCAGUGGUGGAGAAACCACAGAAGGAAAAAGUCUUAAAGGAGAAACCGAUAAGGAACAGAAUCCGUAGUAGAGGACCAGAAACGCUCCCGAGAGCAAUCCUUAAGCGUAAGAAGUCGACUAAUUACUGGGUUUGGGCUGCUCCAGCUGCUCUUGUGGUACUGAUACUUCUUGUCUUGGGUUACUACUACGUUCUCUAGAUCGAACGUAGUGAUCAAGCGAGGCUGCGUUGUUGUAGUUUGGAAUCUCUUAAAGCUGGGAUUUUUGCCUUCUUUUGCGAAGGAGACUCUUAAAAAACCUCUUAAGCUUAUGCCUCAUUUACAUACGAGUAGAGACUCUUCCCUUUUGAGUACUUUUUACUUCUUUGUUCUUUUCUCUUCUGUUGUUGAGGCUUUAACUUUGAAGAAAGAAAACAGUUUUUGUUACUACAUUUUAUAGCUUUGAUUAUA